AUGCUACUUUUUCAGGCUGUCAACAACCUCAACCAUGCUGCCCAUCCCCAUGCGGAGGAGGAGGAGGCGGAUACGGCGGAGGAUCAUAUGGUGGAGGAUAUGCCCAGCCAGCAUACGGCGGCGGUGGUGGUUGUGGAGGAGGAUGUGGAGGAGGUGGAGCCUCAUAUGGCGGAGGAUAUGCCCAACAAUCAUACGCUCAACCAGCAUAUGGCGGCGGUGGCGGUUGCGGAGGUGGAUGUGGUGGAGGUGGAGGAUAUGCCCAACAAUCAUACGGUGGCGGAGGAUAUGCUCAGCCAUCGAUGUGGACGUAAGAAGAGGGAAGCCGCCAAUGUUGUCUCGCACGAAGAUGCUCACAAGUGCAACAGCGAGGAGCUGCGAAUCCUUCUCAGUGAGAACGUGAAGAAGGACGUCGCCACCAGCUUGGCUGCCCUUCGCGAGAAACUCAAGGAACAUCACGAUUACGCUGUACUUUGCAGCGACAAGAACCUCAAUUCAUUGCUGAUACCGACAACUUCUGCCGAGUCCAAGUCGACGAUGUCCACUGCGCCGUGUUCCGUCUCGAAGUGA